AUGCCAAGUAUGGAUUCAAAUUCAUCUUGUUAUUCUUCAUCAGAGUCAUCAACAUCUUCUCUAUCAUCUCCACGAGUACCAAUAACUGAUAUAGUACAACAACAACAACCAAUAAGAUUAGCAACAACCACAAUUCCUACUACUACAACGCCAAUAGCACAAUCGCAUUUAUGUGUUACACGGUACAAAACAGAAUUGUGUCGACCAUACACAGAAACUGGUAAAUGCAAAUAUGGAGAUAAAUGUCAAUUUUCACAUGGAAUAAAAGAAUUAAGAAUUUUAAUGCGCCAUCCAAAAUAUAAAACAGAAUAUUGUCGAACAUUUCAUACAAAUGGUUAUUGUCCAUAUGGUCCUCGAUGUCAUUUUAUUCAUGAUAUUCAUGAAGCACGAAUAGCAAUAAAUACAAAUGAGUCAAUAUUACGACGACAUUCCGAUAUACGAACUAAUCAAUCACAACAUAAAUCAACAACUAGAAAUCGGAUUAAUAGUGAUUAUACAAAAUCUUCAGUUCAAUCUUAUAAUUCAUCAAAAUUUCCUUUUUCAUUUGAAGAACUUUAUCAUGCUUUACCUUCUUAUGAUACUAGUGAUGUUUUUCAACAUGAUCAACAACAACAACAAACUUGUCCAUCUGUUUUUCCUAUAAUAACAAAUACAUUUACACGUCGUACAUUUUCAUCAUCAUCAUCAUCAAAUAGCAGUUUAACUCCACAAUAUAUUUAA